UGACAUCAUCGAUUUGUGGUGGGCCGAUUUUAUAAGUCCUUGCUUUCAACCCAUUAUUUGGGGAUGAUGGAACUUUCUUGUCAGAUGUGCAUCCUUCUCACAUGUGCAUGCCGCCUAUCGAACCCGCAUGUUGGUGGAAGAUGUGUUUAUCCUGGUACAGAAGGCUUGGACGAUCGAUCUAGCGAUUUUGGACUUCCCAUUCCUCUUUCACGUGACGACGCGACAUCGGUCUGGAGCAUUCCAGCAUCAUCUCAAAGACGUCCACCCCGAGCUCGACCGCGUGGAAAUCGCGUGAGAUUCUUCGCGCCGAACAGGAAACCGAAUACAAACCCUUCGGUCAUUGACUAUAAGAGGGUCCACGGUCGCCCUAGCGCUCUCUCUACUUUGAAGAACUACAAUCUCCGAAACAUGGCGACGACAACUACUACUACUACUUCCCCGAGUGCGAGCUCCGUGACCAGGCGUGUGACGAAGAAGGUCCUGGCAGUGGAGCAGCUGGAGGGUGAAGGGGCGCUCGUGCGGAGAAGUAUCGGGACAGAUCAAUUGCGCAAUCUGACGCCGUUCUUAAUGCUCGAUCACUUCCAUGUUAAACCCGGCGCGGGAUUCCCGGAUCACCCGCACAGAGGCCAAUCGACCGUAACCUACAUGCUCGAAGGCACAAGCGACCACGAAGACUCGGCCGGGCACCGGGGCACCAUCGAGACGGGCGGCGUGCAGUGGAUGGUCGCCGGGCGCGGGAUCAUCCACGCGGAGAUGCCCGUCCACGCGCCCGGCCAGCCCGACCCGCGCGGCCUGCAGCUCUGGGUCAACCUCCCCAAGCAGUACAAGAUGGUCGAGCCGAUGUACCAGGAGCUGGAUGCGGCGGGAAUCCCCACGGCGUAUCCGGCCGGCGAGGAUGCCGGGCUGCGGGUGAAAGUGAUCAGUGGGAUCAGCGCUGGCGUCGAGUCGCCGGUCCGGUCGCUCGGUGGAUGCUGGUAUUUCCAUUUCAUCUGGAACAAGGAGGGUGUCAGCACCUUCCAGGACCUGCCGAAAGGCUGGACUGCAUUCAUCUACGUCCUGAAGGGGACGUUACUUGUCGGGAACGACUCCAUCGCACAUAAAGCGUUCCACACACUCGUUCUCUCUGCAGACGACGUCGAGAGCGGCGUGCUUCUGAAAUCGGGCACAAAUGACACAGAGUUGAUGCUUGCUGCUGCCGAAUCCAUCGACGAGCCUAUCGUACAAUACGGUCCAUUUGUAAUGAACACGCGCGAGGAAAUUAUGGAUACACUCCGUGAUUACCAACUCGGACGGAAUGGUUUCGAGAAAGCCCAUUCAUGGAAGAGUGAGAUCGCUCAGCGCGCCUAGUCGUUCGAUUAUCUAUAUCAUUAUUGUCUUUCAAAUGGAAUGGAGAUUAAAGAUAAAAGUGCAUAAAUACAGAUGUGCAACGUAAAAAAU